AUGAAUAUGGAAAUUGAAAAGCUUGAUAUUGAUUCAAUAUUUGUAAAAUAUACAAUAAAUGAAAUACGUGAUAUAGAAGAAAAAAUCAAACUAGAUAUGGAAAGAAAAAAAGAAGAAUUACGAUCAAUGGUCGGAGAACGAUAUCGUGAUUUAAUUGAAGCAGCUGAUGCAAUUUUUGAAAUGAAAACAUGUGCUAAAGGCGUCGAACAAUUUGUACAUUUACUCAAUGAUAAAUGUGGUAAAAUUGAUCGUACAUUAUUAACACAAUCUACAUCAUCAAAUACUAUAUCGGAUAAACAAUUAUCGAAAUUAACACUUGUGCUUUCCGUUAAAAUUUUAACAGAAACACGUCGACGUUGUUGGAUGUAUUUAGAAGAGAAUAAUUUUGCUGCAGCAGCUCGACAAUAUUUAUUGGCUCAACAUAUGGCUAGUAGUUUAUCAUCAAGUACAACUGAUGAACCAUUAGAUAGUGAUUCACAAAAGGCUAUUGUAGCUGCUACGAGAUUAUGGAAUCAAACUCGACAUAUGAAAGCAACAAUUUUAGAUAAAUGUCGAUUAUAUUUAAAGAGUAUUGAUACUAAUGUUCAAGUUCUUGCCAAUGCUCUCUCGACUCUUAUUUCAUUUGGUAAUAAAUCCGUUGAACAAGCAUUAAAUGAAUUUCUAACUGCGAAAUUGGAUAUUAUUAAAGAAUCAUAUGAAAAUGCUGAUCUUAAACAAAGCUCGAAAAAUACAGUUCGACAAUUACUUGUUCUCUUUAUCAAUACAAUUUUUGAAUUGGAUAUGCUCUUCAGUAAAAAUGAUAAAAAUACUGAUAAAUGUGAUCAAUUAAAGAAAUAUAUUUUAACAUUUAAUAAUACAUCAAAUGAUGAUGAUAAUUCGCAGGUUAAUAAUAUAUUAUCAUAUGGACAACAACAUUUACUAAAUAUUCAAGAAACAUUUUUUAAAAAUUGUGAACCCAUAGAUCUUAUUGAAUAUGAAUCUCGACAACAACAACUUGUUCAGAAUGCUGUUGAAAAAUGGUUACAAACAGCAUUACAAGUUGUUAAAUCUGGUAUGAGUGAAUUAUUAAAUCAUGUCACAUCACUCAAACUAUUACUUCGUCUUAAAUCAAGUCUUGUGUCAUUAAUGACUGAGGAACGUAUGGAACAAUGGGCAACCGUUUGUAAUCGUCUGUUAAAUGGAAAAGAUAAGGAUAUUCGAUUAUGGGAUGAUUUAAUUAAAAUUGAACUACGCACACGUGCUAAACAAGUACUUCAUGUUCGUUUUGAUCAAUUUAAUCAAACAGCAAUACAAAAAAUUGAACAAUGUCUGAAAGCAUUUCAAAAUUCUACAAAUAAGAAUGACAAAUCAUUCUUGGAAUUCAGUGCAUUGAAUUAUAUAUGGAGUCAUUUGGAUAAUAAUAUUCCAAGUGAUUAUGUUUGGACACCAUCAACUCAUCGAAUUCCUGUUGGUGAUGCAAAAUUUUCAUUAAAAGCUGUUGCAAUUUCAAUGGAUGUUCAAAAUUUAUGUCGAGAAUUAGAUGAUGAAUUACGACAAAUUCUUGAUGAUGUUAAUGAAUUUUCUGUAGCUGAUGUUACUCCAGUAUCAUCGUUAUCCGAUACACUUUUAUCAACAACAAAUACUAAUAAUAAUUCUUCGAUUUAUUCUGAUAGUGGUUUUGUUGAAGAACAUCUUGAAGAAUGUGUUAUUCAAUUUUGUACAACAUUACUUGCACGUCUAAGACAAAUAGCACAUGAUAAUGAAAAAAUUGGCAAUGAAGAACAAACUUUAGCUAGUUUGGUUUGGCUUGGUUCAUGUGCACGAGCUAUACCAAUUGUUUGUAAGAAUCUCAAAAAUUCACUUGAACUUGUUAUAAAUGUUACGGAUAUGGGAAAUAGUCCUGUACAUGAUCGAAAAGGUCGAGGAACAUCUCAAUCAAAACGAACAUUGGACAAAACAGAAAAAACUUCAUGGUUAAAAACUCGUGAUAUGUUUAUGACAACACAUAUUGAUUUAUUUAAACAAUGGAUUAUUCAUAUAUGUGCUAAAAUUGAUAUGCUUCUACGAAAUAAAUUAUCAACAUUUCUUGAUGAUAUACCUAUACUUAUUUGGGAUGAAAUUGAAAUUGAAGAAAGUCUUGAUACUGAUAAAACAUAUAAAAGUGUUAUACGUGUUCCUAUGUAUUGUACACCAUUUAUUGAAGAACUUCUAUUUUAUUCUUGUCAAGAAAUUAAUCAAGCAUUAGCACAUGGUCUUGAUAAAGAAUUAUCAAGUGAAAUGGCUUAUCGUAUUUUACAAACUUUUUUAAAUGUUUAUGAAUCAUGGUGGUUAACUGAAGGACAAAAACGAAUAAGUAAAAAACGUAUACAAACAAGAAUUAUUCAAAUCGUAUAUGAUCUUCGAUUUGUUCAUAUGUUACUUGAACGUAAAGAUAAUAGUAGUAAUACAAAAGAUUUAAAUGAAAGUUUUUUUAAAUUAAUUGAAAAUAUUGAAAGUGAAAUUGAUCCAUUUGAUUUAAAUGUUCUUUCACCAUAUAUGCAAAGUCAUCUACAAAAAAUAGUUCCUCGUUCUUCACUUUUGUUUGGACAUUUAAUAACAAAUGAUCGUAUUAUACCAUCAAAACCACUUACGAUGAAUAGUCAAGAUACAAAUAAUAUUCUCUCACUUUCUUCAUGUUCACAACGUUUUUCAUUACUUCCAAUAGCUACGAAUCUUUCGUCGACAUCGUCCGGUCAAAAAAGAUCAUCAAAAGGAAAUAUGCUUAAAUCAAAUAUAAUUCAUGAACAAGAACAUAAUAAUAAUAAUAUAGGAAAUGAUUCUAGUUUAGCAUCAUUUCGUCCAUUAACAACAAAUGUUGCUGAAGUUGCAACCUAUUAUUCAAAAUGGUUUCAAAAUAUUGUCAAAUAA